AUUCAGAACCUAAGACGACUGAUGAAAAGAUUUUGUUUUAUCACCGUUAUAUUGAAGCUUUAAAAUUUGCCAAUGGAUUAAAGAAACAUAUCAGAGAUCCAAACUUCAGCUCAGAUAAAAUGGCAAAGAAUUUGACAGAGGAUCGCUUUGCCAACCACAUACGGAGCUUGAUCAGCAGCGACAAGACUCACGAUUCCCAGUAUUACGGCAAAAACUCGUAUCUGGACAGCAUCGGCACCACGCAUGUAUCUGUGCUGGCUGAAGAUGGAUCUGCUGUGUCUGUCACCAGCAGCAUCAACGACGAGUUUGGGUCCAAUGUCCUCUCUUCAAGCACUGGAAUCAUCCUCAACAACCACCUAAAUGACUUCUGUGGUAGAGCUGAUAACAUCUUUCAUGGGGAGCAGCCUCCCUCCAAUAUGGCCCCAUCUGUGCUGAAGUCUCAGUCGACGACACUGGUGAUUGGAGGCUCUGGUGCUGAAAUGAUUCCACCGGCUGUGGCCUCGGCGCUCAUGAACCACCUUUGGUUUGGAAAGAACCUUAAGGAGGCAAUUGAUACUCUGGUUGUUCUUGUAGACUCUCAAAGUGAAGUAAAACUUGAAUCCAAGCUUGAAAAGGAUGUAGUUGAUGGUCUUGAAGCUCUGGGACAUAAAGUAGCAAAAUUCUACAACACAGUUAACGCUGUGGAAAAGGCGGACAACUGUAUCUCUGCAUGGUCUGAUGAAAGGAAAAAAGGCAAAGCUGCUGGUUACUGAGACCAAAAGUCAGUGAUGUCAGUUAUACAGCAUGGUCUUAAGGUUAUGAUAGCAGAGCUAUAGGCUUUAAUUUUUUCGAAAUCUCUCAGUCAGAACCUGGUGUAUUAUGUUUAAGUGGAAACUA